CGACCGUGACCGUGACGGUGAAACAAAGAAGACCAGAAAACUGAAAAAUCGCAAAAUGACAUCUCGCGAUGGGCGAACGUUUGGACAUAUUAGUGGUGUGGAGGUUGGCGCGACUUUCCCCACAAAAGUUGCAGUAGCCGAAUCCGGCGUACAUGUCCAACGCCAAGCUGGCAUACAUGGAGAUCAAGAGCUCGGUGCUUUCUCCAUAUGUUUGUCCAAAGGAUAUGAGGAUAAUGUCGACAACGGAACUAUCAUUACAUAUGUCGGCUCAGGUGGGCAAGAUGACUAUGGAAAUCAAAUAAGCGACCAGUCUCCGGACUCCUCCGCUAACAAAGCUUUAUUCGUUUCCUUUGAAACAAAGCGUCCAGUGCGAGUCGUACGCGGAGUGAAUGACGAUAGCGCUUAUUCUCCAAAGAAAGGUUAUCGUUACGACGGGCUGUAUGUCGUUGAUGAGGCUAAGAUGAAGGACGGAAAGAAAGGCUUUAAGAUGUGCACCUUCAAGCUGAAGCGACUUGAAGAGGAGGGCCAGAAGGGGAUACCAAUAAGGCGCACCCUCACCGGCAGCAAACUGGCAAAAAUACGGAAGCAAGCUCGUUCUGGAUAAUCUGCCUGCUAUGGUUCUGAUCUGUUCUGACACCCUCACAAUGCUUUGACUUUCGAUCGUUAUGGAAUGUAAGACUCCACAUAUAUACCCGUCUACAGUCGCCUGCGCACCUGUGUUUGUAAUUCUAUUGCUCUUAUGUUGAAUGUUAGACUUCCUCUUUGUUUCCACUUGAAGCCAAGACCUCACGCAUGAAGUGUGGACCAUUCAUAU